CCAGACGCGCAUAUUUAGUCACCAUUAGCACCACCCAGUUUACCAGUUCUCAUAGCCAGCAUCUUAUCAGCGAGAUGAGAAAGUGCAAGGUAUUUGUCGGGAACUCCCACCCCAAGUUGGGUCAGCUAGUGUGCGAGAAGUUGGGUAUCGACCCUGCUCCAGUCACACUCAAGAAAUUUGCCAACGGAGAGACUUCUGUGCAGAUAGGCGUUUCUGUGAGAGACGAGGACGUAUACAUCAUCCAGUCGGGCUCGCCAGAAACCAAUGACCAUAUCAUGGAGCUGCUGAUUCUGAUUUCUGCGUGCAGAGGUGGUUCUGCAGCAAAGAUCACUGCCGUCAUUCCCCAGUUCCCUUACUCCAAGCAAUCGAAGAUGAAAAAACACCGUGGGGCCAUCACGGCGCGGAUGUUGGCCAAUCUGCUGAUUAUGGCUGGUGCUGACCACGUGGUGUCGAUGGAUUUGCACGCUUCCCAGAUGCAGGGCUUUUUCUCCAAGCCGGUGGAUAAUCUGUAUGCGGGCCCCACGCUGGCGCACUGGAUCCGCCAGAACAUCGAGAACUACAGCGAGGCUGUUGUAGUGUCGAAAAACCCAGGAGGAACGAAGCGCGUGACCGCCCUGGCCGACCAGCUCAAGGUCAACUUUGCCAUGAUCCACACCGACAGAAGGCGGACCAGAGACGGGUUCAUGGGCAAAAAAGUGAGAGGCAAGCAGCCGGCCGCCAAGAUUAACACCACCGAGAACGGCGAGGUGGAACAGGAAAAUGUCAUAGUAAGCACCGACAUCCAGACUGCGAGAAUCGUGAAAGGACAUGUGGUAGAGGAUACCUCUGCUCCGCACGAGGAGCCGCAGGUUCAGCACACCUCUGACAUUGCGAACGACAACUCGGACGACGAGGACGAGCCCGAGUUCAACGCCAGCGAGAAGCUGAUCACUUUGGUCGGAAACGUCCAGAACAGACCAGCCAUCAUUGUCGACGAUAUGAUUGACAAGCACACCUCGUUCAUUGCUGCUGCAGAGCACUUGAGAAUGAACUGCGGUGCGAAAAAGUGCUACGUGGUGGCUACGCACGGGAUAUUUGCCAACGACUGUCUCGAGAGACUGAACGAGUGCGAGUAUAUCGACGGCAUCAUCGUCACCAACACGUAUCCGAUCUCCGAAACCAAGGCCCAAAACUGCAAAAAACUCACCGUCAUCGACGUUUCGCCGAUCUUCGCCGAGUGUAUCAGAAGAGAUCAUUUUGGCGAAAGCAUCAGCGUGCUGUUCGAUUCUCUGGCCGUGAUAACCUAAGAUAAAUAAAUUAUUUCAACGUAUUUAAUUAAGGCUUGGCCUCUGCCAACGGGCUCGAGAUGUUCACUGGAGUGAACCGCUUAGGCAGCGACACUCUGGAGAACCGGCUCUUCAGCUUCUGCUGCAUAAAGUCCAUGUCCAGGUGUCUGGUCAGACUGAUCCGGCGAAUACACGAGAUAUAGUGUUUUUCGUCUAGUUGUACAUCCAGCGGGUCCUGGGUAUGGCAGCCCGGCGACAGAAGCAGUCUGAUGGAAUGCGUCUUGCCACCCACACUGUCCUCCGACUCGUAGAGCUCGAAUACGAUCUGCGACAGAUAGUCGAGCUCGGGAAGCGCGUUACGGGCAAUUUUCAUCGGCAGCUUCGACUCGUAGAUGAUGUUCAGCAGCGUGUAGAUAUGCGAUUCUUUGGUAAAAUACACGCGUGUGGCGGCCUUGUCGGUCUCCUUGAUGGCCGAGAUGUCGCUCAUGAUCUGUCUGGCCAAUGGAAGCGACGUAAGCAACCCAAUAUCCAGUUUCUCUUGCUCUUCAAUACCGUACUCCUGAGGACAGAUGAAAUCGAAGAGAACUUUGGCCAGUCUGUACAAUUCCCGCAAAAGGUUGUAUUUUGGAUCGUCAAACGGAGAGCUAUGGUCGUCGCGAGAGGACGGCUUGUACGAGGACGAAAGAACCCAACCGAUCGAGCCUGCUGGAUUGGACGAGUUCGAUGGAGACGAGUUGUCGAGCGACGAGUCGUUAACCUUGAAGUUGUUCAUAGCAAGAACAUUGAUCGGAUACUGUCUGACCAGCGAGCAGCCUAGCUGGCCUGUGUCCUCACGGUCGUCGCUGAUGAAGAUCUUCUGCAAAAAGUCGCGGUUGUGUAGAGCGUCAUAUUUCAUUGUGUCGUAGAGCUCGCUGAUUUUCGACGGGUGCACUUUUUCAACGCUGACAAACUCCUGGAACAACUUGUCCCACCUCUCUCUGAACAGGUACGGAUCCUCACCACAACACCACUCCUUCUGGAAGUUUUCAACGUCCUUGGUCUCGAAAUUUUUCUCCAUGAUUUUGCGAUGGUGGUUCAUCAGCUCCACAACUCGCUUAAUCACCACAAACGGUUCUGGCAUCCGUGGAGGCCAGGCAAACUGUGGAGGAGCCUCUUUGCCCUGUCUUAACAAUGGCUUCAACUUCUUUUUGACCUUGUCCAUCAGAUCCUUGGCGGCAUUCGAAUCGUCCAGAAGAUCUUUGCGGACCUGCAGAAAGUCUUCAGGCAACUCGUUUUCCGCAAUGAACGAUUUGGCAAAGAGUUGCGCCGAUGCAACCACCCUCCUCUCUGAGGAAGUGUAGAUCUGUACGUCUUUCAGAGCGUCUUUAUUCAGCAGCUGAAUAUCCUGCCGUAACUGCUCUCCCACGUCCGAAGCCUGGUAUCGGGCCGAGUGGGUAGGCUCUCCGCCCCAUUUGAUGAUUAAUUGUACUUUUUCAAUGUCACCCUUGUCGUUGAGUGACGGCUUCAGCUGAACUUUGGUACCUGGGAAAUUCAUCUUCUUUUCCAAGGCUGUAGCCAACUGCAUCAAUUUUGUUUCAUCCUCCAACUGCUGCUCCUGGGCCACACGCACGGUCUGGAGAACAAUCUUUAAGUCUCGAAUCUCGCGAAUAAUAACCUCCUCCUUAUAACCCUUGAGCAGAGAUAUAAAUAUGGGCGACUUGAACGAAUACUUGAACUUCUGCUUAGGUGUUCUGUCUGCGUGUCUCACCACAGAAAUCAUGCCUUUGAACACCCAUUUUUGUUUCUUUUCCUCUGAAGUUAAUGUGGCCGAGUUCUUCAAACGCUCGCUCUUGGCCUUCAGAAACGUUUGUCUCAAAAUCGAGGCACACUGAUCGUAGUAACCCUCGUUGUCCUUCACAAAAGAAAAGCCGUUGACGUCGAUGACAUAACUCUUACCACUAGUUCUCAGCAGAUCAAAGCCGCAAAUCGUUUGUUCAAACGCCCGGCUCACCUUCUUCGCAAUUUCCCUUUCCUCCUGCGACAACUUGGUAAGAUAUCUGACCUCCUUGCCAUGUGUAUUCCUGCGCACAAUGCCGUCCACCACUGGCGACUUUCUUGUCUCCGCAUGGCAGAACUCGGUGCCGACAGUGUAUGCCUUGACGUCUUCGAAGUUGUCGGUAUCGAUGAACUUCUCAUAGAUAAACGAUCCCUCAGUCCUGAUCAUGUUCAGGUUCGGAUCAAACUCAGACGACUUGUUGCCAAUUUUGCGGAAAAGUCUGCGACCACCACCGCCAUUUUCCUUAGCAUAGUAAAUGUACACGUUAUGGUCCUCACCAUCAACGGGUUUUUCCACAAAUGGCUUCUUGAUGGUUUCGCCAUCAACAUACAAAGUGUCGUCAUCUAGCAUCUUCCAGUCUGGCUCCGGCACCUCUGAAGUGUCCACUCCCAGCUUCUCCAGUUUGACCUUCAGCUCAUCGUCAACAAAGGGGCCGCCAUCUCUGGAAAUCACCAAUCUUUUUGGCGUAGGAACACCGGCCGCCUGCAGAAUUUGGAGACAAAGCCGUCUAUCCCAGAGCACUUUCUGCAUCACUAGAUCGUUGAUGGUGAACGGCUUGCGCAAUUUCUGGUACGCAAUUGCCUUGUCAAGAGGGAACCCGCUGGAGAAGAACGAGAUCAAAAAAUCGCAAGUUGGCCAGUUUUCAAUGGCUUCGUCCAAUAUUACCUUGUCACCAAAUAUGACGGUGUCGAACUCGCCGUUCUCGAUUAAACGGUUCAAAAUCUGCCUGCAUGGCUUGCUCAGCACCUUGUUGUCCAUUGCACACACACCAAUGAUUCCAAUCUUGGGCAAUUUCGGCCCAGACACCUCUGAAACGGAAAUAGACGACGUUCUGUUCUUAUGCUGUAAAUUGACUCCUGAACUCGAGGCAGAAACGCCGUUUGAUGAGGAAGCCGAUAGUGUUCUGCCAUCACUGAAAUUUAAUGCAUUUUCAGAGGUAACAGGGGAGCUUUCAGCUCCUGCAGUUUCGUGUUGCGGACUGCCCUGACUGUUGGGAGGCAUCUGGUGGCCAAUGCUUAACGAGCUGAUAUUCGACACAGUGCGGGAGAGAGCGUUGUUAGUCGGACUCAGCACCUCAGACUUGGAAAGAACAGGUACAAAAUCUUCCAAAAUAGGAGCAAUUGUGGCAAUGGCCCUUUUAUGCUGUUCCAAAGAAUGCGCAGUCAAAGGCACCGGGUCCAUAUCGUUUUCCUCGUCUUCUUCCUCUAUGGCAUUCAUGGAGUCCACAGAAGUGUUAGAGUGGCCCGAGUAUGUUCUUUCUGGCAAUGCGCCUAUCUCCUCGUGUUCUGUAUCGG